AAAAAUAAUACGUCUUUUCAUUUAAGUCAGACAUUCUCUAAUUUCCGAUAAAAAUACAAGAAAAUACCCCCCGCUUCUGUGUUUCAUCAAAUAAAGAAAGUUAAUUUUCUUUUCUUUUAAAUUUGUGAUAUGGAGUCGAAGAAAUCCCCAGAAGUGAAUUCAUGUAUAAGUGAAAAUAUUAACGAAAAAAGCAGUUCUAAAAAAUCAUGUAAAUCUGAUAUUUAUGAAGAUAUUAAAUUGAUUGAAAAUCAUUUUGACUCUCAAACCAAAUCAGAGAAUGAUGUUCCUUACCUUGAAAGUAAAUGCCAAACAGAAACACAAUUUAAAGUUACUUCUGUAUCAGAUAUAGCACCAGAAACAAACAGUAUAAAUACUAGAAAUGAAAAUAGUUAUUUAAGCAGAACAGAUUUUCAAAGAAUAUCACCUUCACAACAAAAAAUUUCAUACACAUUCCCGACAAGUUUACCUAAAGUUGAUGGUGAUUUUUUUGAUGAUGAUGAUGAUGAUGAUAAUGAUAAUGAUCGUGAUGGUGAUAAUAAUAAACACUUAUGGAGAAAUAAAACAAAUAGUUAUGAUUCUCGUACUUAUAACAUUUCAAGACAUUUUAUUGAUUUUGAGGAUAGUAGUAGUCAAUCAGAGGCUUUUAUAUAUCCUAAAACAAGUCAUUCUAUGCAAUGUUCAUUUGAAUUGAAAAAUUAUAAACCAAACUUAUCCAUAUAUAAAGAUUGGAAAAAAUCUAAAGUUUUUAAUCAUAGAAAUAUUGUUGAUACAGUAUACAAUCCAGUGGAUAAAGUAAGUUAA